AUGGAUCCAACUAAGAAGCUCAAAACAGAAUCUAAUCCAGAUGGGAUUUAACAGGAGAAAAAGAAUGAAAUAGAUGAUGCUGAAAAAAAAAUAUAUAUUCAAUUUAAAAAUGCAGAGGGAGAGAAAGUUGAUAACAUUCUCUAAGUUCCCCUCACCACCAAAGCAAAGGAAUUAGAGGCAAUGAUUAAUGAAAUUUUGCAAAAUGAUGAAGAAAAAUUAUACACUUUCUUUUAUGGCACUCAUGAAAUCAAGACUAGUAUCGAUGAUUUCGCUAAAAAGAUGAAAAAUUUUUCCACAGAAGUUACUCUUGAUAUUACUUUCCAUCCUUAAUCACUUUUCUUUGUUCGUCCCAUAACUCGUUAAUCAAGUUCUUUACCAGGUCACACAGAUAGUGUUCUUUCCGUAUAAUUUUCUCCAGAUGGAUAAAAUUUAGCUAGUGGCUCAGGUGAUACAACUGUUCGUUUUUGGGAUGUAAAUACAGAACUCCCCAAAGAAACAGGUAAAGGUGGUCACAGAAAUUGGGUUUUAGUUAUCUAAUGGAGUCCAAAUGGCAAAAUGUUAGCAUCAGGAGAUAUGAAUGGUGAUAUUUGUCUUUGGGAUCCAGAAACUGGAAAGUAAAUUGGCCUUACAAUGAAGGGACACAACAAGUGGAUUACAUCUAUCUCAUGGGAGCCUCUCCACAUGAAUAAAGAUUGCGAAUUAUUUGCAAGUGCUUCCAAGGAUGCCUCAAUCAGAAUUUGGAGCUCAAGAUCUUAAUAAUGUUGCAUUUGCUUUGGUGGACAUUCUAAGAGUAUAACUAAAGUUUUAUGGGGAGGACAAGGUUUAAUUUACAGUUCAAGUGAAGAUACAACUAUAAAGGUUUGGAAAAAGGAUGGAAGUAUGGAAAAAGAAUUAAAAGGACACGCUCACUGGGUUAAUACUAUCUGCUUAAGCACUGAGCAUGCCUUGAGAACUGGAUAUUUUGAUGAAAAAGGUGAAAUAUUAGAAAAUCCAGAAGAUCAAUAAAAAAAAGCAUUGGAAAAAUACACAAAGCUAAAGGGCUCAAAGAAUGAAAGAUUAGUUUCAGGUUCUGAUGACAACACUUUAUACAUGUGGGAUCCCGUUGAUUCCAGAAAACCUAUUAUCAGAUUAACUGGACACACAAAGCCUGUCAAUCAUGUCUAAUUCUCUCCUGACGGAAGAUAUUUUAUUUCAGCUUCCUUUGAUAAAAAUUUAAAAUUAUGGGAUGGUUUUAAUGGAGCUUAUAUUGCUAGUUUUAGAGGACAUGUUGCUAGUGUUUAUCAAAUCGCAUGGUCUCCUGAUAAUAGACUUUUUGUUAGUGGUUCUAAAGAUUCUACUAUGAAAGUUUGGGAUAUAAAAACUAAAAAGUUAAUGUUUGACUUGCCGGGACAUGCUGACGAAGUAUACGGAGUAGAUUGGAGUCCUGAUGGUCUUAAGGUUUGUUCAGGUGGAAAAGAUAAAUUAUUAAAAAUAUGGAAGAAUUGA